AUGGUAGUGAGCGUGAACACUUCAAGAGUAGACAUCACACCUUCAUCAACUUCAUCAUCACUGCAACACUCAUCAUUCAAAGCACUAAAGUCACCAGUGACGAGUGUUGUCAACAACUACAACAACAAGUACAACAACAACAAGUACAACAACAUCAACAACAAUAUAUCAUCAAUCAAGUUAGCAUCAUUGAUGUCUUCUAAUGAGAUCAUCAUAUCUGAUGAUGAUGGAGAUGCAGUCACAACAAUGACAAUAACAGACCUUGACUCGGUAGUCUUGACAUCCAAAAGUCCGAUCAUCAAGUCUACAUCAUCAUCACCAAGUACAUCAUCAUCGACUCCAACAACAACAACAACAUUAUCAAAGAAGAAACUCAAAAAGAAACUACUUCGCAAGAGUUUAGAGAAUGGCGCCAACAACAACAAUAACAACAUAUUGGACAUUAUAGACUUGGAGUCACCACUGGAACACAAAGAAGCAGGAGACACAAGUCUCAUCACGGCAACAUCAUCGAUAAACUCAAACUCGAACAACCUCAAUCUAAGUGUUUGUUCGGUGAACAUGCCGCAGUCAAUGGCGGAUAUUAGUCAGGAGAACUUUGAACAACUGCGCGACUACUAUGACUCAUUCUUGGAGGAUGAACAAGGCGAUGACGAACAGGACAUAUUCAUGCUCAAAGCGGCACUUGGCGAAUUGGACAAUGAGCAGAUCAUCAAGAAGGUCGAGCAAGGACCUCCGCCCAUACUGCUCAAGCAGAUCACAGACUUUUAUUCUUCGGGAGCGAACAAACCCGAUGAAUCAGCAUCGGCUCUGGUGAUAUCCAUCACGGAGCCAACGAAGUUUGAGCGAAAGAGGGCACCGGUGGAUAGGUACUAUGGAGGAGAGGCACCGAUACAGUGCGACAACUGUGGAGUUCAUGACGAUCAUUACAGCUUCGAAUGCUCCAUCAAGAAGGAAAGAGCGUGUUUCCGCUGCGGCGACUUUGGUCACUUCACCAAGUCUUGUCAAGUAUUCGUCUGCUUCAAGUGCGGUCUCUAUGGACAUUAUCCAAGACAAUGCGAGAGGAGCAACCUUUGGUACUUGAACGAAUCACAUGUGUUGAAGAACUUCUUCAGAGAUGGAACACUUAGGACAUUCGAUGAUGGAGGUGACGAUUAUGAAGGCAGACAUUCAAGAUCACGCAGUCGAGGUGGUGGUGGUGGCGGCGGCGGAGAUAGAAAGAGAUACAGACAGGAACGAUAUGGAAAUGAUCGUCAUCAUAGUAGAGAUAGUGACAGAGGAGAUAGAGAUAGAUAUAGAGGGGAUCGAGAAUGGGGAGGUGGUGACAGAGAUAGAUAUAGAAGCCAGAGUAGAGACAACGAUGGAUAUAGAGAUCACCAUGAUGGAAGAGGUCGUAGUCGAGGUUGGGAUAACAAUGACAGGGACAACAGACAUCACAAUGGCUGGCAUGAUAAUGACAGAUAUAGAGAUAGAGACAGAGAUAGAGAUAGAGAUAAUGAUAGGGAUAACAGUAGGAAUUACAACAGGAACAACAAUAACAACAACAACAACAACAACAACAAGUAUAACAGCAACAAUAACAACAACAUUAACAACAACAAUGGCAAAUAUACAGACAAGAACAACAAUGACAACAAUAAUUAUAACAAGAAACAGAAGAAGAAUAAGAAGGAAGAAGAUAACAAUAACAAUAAUAAUGGCAAGAACAAGAAGAAUAAGAAGGAGAAGAAGGAAAAGAAGGAAUUCCAGGAUAGGGACAUCAAUCACAAGAGCAAAGGAAAGGCAAAGAAUAAGAAGAGAGACAGAGAUAACUAUAACAACAACAAUAAUGACAACAAUGAUGGUGGAAGCGAGAGCAACAACAACAGGUUCUUCAAAAAGAGAAAGAAGUAA